UCGCUCCUUCUUUCCUCGUCCUCGUCGCUCUCCAGCAGGUAUUUGGGGGCUGGCAGAAUAGAAAGGAGUUCGAUAUAACAUCUAUAGUGACAAUGGAAGAUCAGAGGCAAUCUUAUGAAAAUAAGGAUCAUGAUGGAAAGUAUGCUUUGAUAAGAGAUGAAGAAGACUUCCGAUGGGGGUUGUAUGAGAGGCCCCUGCCAUGCUUCGGGUGUGGGAUAGGCUGGUUUUCUUUCCUUAUAGGAUUUCUUUGCCCCUUGAUGUGGUAUUAUGCCACAGUUCUGUAUUUUAGCAAUUACUACCGCAAAGAUCCAAGAGAACGAGCUGGCCUUGCUGCUUCUGCAAUAGCUGCAUUGAUCUGUACAGCUGCAGCCUUCAUAACUGUAGCUGCCAUUCUUCUCUAGUGCAAGCAAUAUCUUAUUACCUGGAUUCCUCUGUAGAUACCACUGUUGUUGCAGGGCAAAGAGCAAGUGACAGAAAAUAUCAAAUACCAUUCACCCUGUCAAUCUUGCAUACUGUAAGAAUGCCACGGACUAUAUGAGAUAAAAUAUAGUUGUGCUGGACCAAUGAUAAGAAUGUGGAUUGCUGCUCUUAUUUUGUGGAGGUGAACAUGUUUUACUAGAGCGCCCCCUCCAACAUCUUAAUAUGUGAAUUGAUGAGCUAUCUGUGGUUAGCAGAAUCUGACUUGCUCAUUCUGGGCAAAUUUCUUGAUGUUAAUUUGCUUACAAAUAUAUUAUUUAAAAAAAAAAAAA